UGAAUGUUCACUCACUCUAACAGCAAAUAGAGAAAGUAGAAACACACACACUCACAACUUCACAAGGCAAGGUCAGGGUAGAGAGAGAGAGAGAGAGAGAGAAGAUGGCAGGAGGAAUGGAGGCAAACAAGAACAAGUUCAUAGAGGAUUGGGGAUCAGCCAGAGAGACUCUGGAGCACAACUUCCGUUGGACUCGUCGCAACUUGGCUCUCGUUGGCAUCUUCGGCAUCGCCGUCCCCUACCUCGUCUACAAAGGCAUCGUCCGUGAAUUCCAUAUGCAAGAUGAGGAUGCAGGCAGGCCGUACAGGAAGUUCCUGUGAGACUUCAGAAGUGCUUGAUAAUAAUUGUGGGGAGUAGUAGAACUAGGUUCUCUAUGGAACCACAUAAUGUUCCUUUUCAUAAUCAGAGACAAUUUUCUUUUCUUUUGUUGACCUGUAUACGGUGUUCUGCCAGUGUCCAUUGUACUUUGCAUUAUACUUUGCUGUCAAAAAUUCUGAAUAUUUGAUGCUCAAGUUCUGCCUUUUGUGAUCAAUUCAAUAUGUUUCUUCUUU